AUGAACAGCACAAUAGUAGCAGCAAAUUUCAUGGCAUCCACCUCUUUAACCUUAAGCUCUUUGAUUAGCGCAUGGAUCGGAAGCUCCUCAAGCAAUGAAGCAGUUGGAAGAAUAAUCUAUGGAGAUACAAGACAGCCAAUCUCUUCCAUAAAAUACAUCAGCAUCCUCUUAUUUUUCUUGAUUGCUUUUGCGUCUUUCAUCCAAUCUUCAAAGUGUUAUGUGCACGCCAAUCUCCUCUUGAGUAUGCCAAAGGCCGUUGUCCCUGAAGACUUUGUUGUCGAGGACUUAAUUCACGGUUCAAAUUUCUGGCAGGUUGGCUUAAGGGCGAUUUACUUUGCUAUAACAAUGUUGAUGUGGAUAUUCGGUCCAAUUCCUAUGUUUCUUUCCUCAGCUGCAAUGGUGGCAGUUUUGUAUGUUCUUGAUGUAAAUCAUAAGCACUUGCAUGACUUUAACGAGUCAAGCGAGAAAGGAGAGGGAAAGAAAUCUGUAGUAGGGCCUUUCGAGAAUCACGAAAUGGCUAAUGGUAGUUGUGAACUCCAUGCUACUGCAAUUAACACAGCAGUUCUGCCUUCUGUUGUUGCUUGUUUAUAA